AUGUUGUCAUUUCUCUCGUCGAAUCUAUCCAACGCCCGGCAGUCACUUGCCCAGGCACUGAACUUCGCGCUGGUGCUCUCUACUGCAUUCAUGAUGUGGAAAGGCCUCUCCGUGUUCACCGCAUCCUCCAGCCCUGUUGUAGUUGUUUUAUCCGGUAGUAUGGAACCGGCAUUCCAAAGAGGAGAUCUACUUUUCCUAUGGAAUCGAAGCCCGCGAGCUGAGCUAGGCGAGAUCGUCGUCUACAAUGUCCGGGGCAAGGACAUCCCGAUUGUGCAUCGCGUCGUGAGAACCUUCCCAGAAAUCGAAGGAAAGGCGAAGAAAGUGAAGGAGAUUUCCGAGUCCUCACCGAUCCCCAACAAUAUGCUUCUUACUAAGGGCGACAACAACAUUGCUGACGAUGUUGAGCUGUACGCGCGAGGCCAGGACUAUCUCAAUCGCGAGGAAGACAUUGUUGGCAGCGUACGGGGGUAUAUCCCCAUGGUGGGAUAUGAAUUAGCUGAGCUCACAGCGUCUCCUCCAGAGGGCAUUACAGUCGAGCUAGCUAACGAGUCGGAUAUCUACCAAUGGAAGGUUUAUAUGGACGGCCCAGAAGGUUCACCGUAUCACAAUGGCAGAUUCCUAGUCAAACUCAGUCUUCCCACUGAGUACCCCUUCAAGCCGCCAUCCGUUUCGUUCGGGACCAAGAUUUACCACCCCAAUGUGACCAACGAUGACAAGGGCAGCAUGUGUCUGGGCAUGUUGCGGGCUGAUGAGUGGAAGCCUAGCUCCAAGAUCGCAGCGGUGCUUGAGUUCGCGCGUCAGCUGCUCGUAGAGCCCAUGCCUGAUGAUGCUGUCGAGGGCCGUAUCGCAGAACAGUACAAGAAUGACCGCGCACGCUAUGACGAAAUCGCACGGGAGUGGACCAGGAAGUAUGCGAUGGCAUAG